AUGGCCGCUCAGAGUGAAAAGAACGGUAUUGGCCAAAUCCCGAUCAUUGAUAUAGACAUAUCGGGAGCAGCCCAGGAAUCCGAAGUUGCGGAGAAGCUUGUCGAUGCCGCGGCACGAUAUGGGUUCGUUUACGUGAGGAACCAAGGAAAGGAUAUACCUAUCGAAGCAAUUGAAAAUAUGUUUGAUUUGUCCCGAACGUUCUUCUCUUCGCCCGCCGACGAAAAAGCGUCAUGCAAGAUCACUGAAAAUAAUAGAGGCUGGUCGGGGAUGCAUACCGAGACAUUAGACGCAAAGAAUCAAAGGGUCGGAGACUUCAAAGAAGCAAUGAAUUUCGGGGAGUUUGUUGAGGGCAAAGCUCAACAACCUCUUCCACCUUGUUUUCGGGCCAACGAAUCAAAUCUUAAUCAGUUUCAGAAAUAUUGUCAUACGAUGAUGUUGAAGUUAUUGAAGCUGUUCGCAAUCGGGCUGAAGAUUGAUGAGGAAGCUGGUGGCUCAGACUGGUUUGCCUCGAGGCAUCGCGGAGGAGGGCCCAGUGGCUGUACCCUCCGACUCCUCCACUACCCCCAGAUCUCCUCGGGAAGUGAUUAUCAGCCAUCUGUUGAUAUUCGCGCUGGAGCACAUUCCGACUACGGGUCAAUCACAUUGCUAUUCCAACGACCAGGCCAACCAGGUCUGGAAAUAAUCCCGCCGGAGACACGCACGGCAGAAAAGAACUACGGUCCAACGGCCGCAUGGACGCCGGUACCUGUUAACCCACCUGGAACAGAGAAUGAUCCAAGCCCACCUAUUCUAGUAAAUAUCGGAGACUUAUUGUCGCACUGGACCAACAACUUGCUGAAGAGUACUGUUCAUAGAGUUGUGUUCCCGAAGGGUGGGAAGGAUGGAGGAGAGGAUCGGUAUAGUAUUGCAUACUUCGGUCAUCCGAUCAGCUCAACAAUAUUAGAGCCGGUGCCGAGCGAGAUGGUUAGGGUGUUGGCACUAGGCGGAGAAAAUGUCAAUGGCAGUGGUGUGAAGGCGAUGACAGCAGAUGAGCAUUUGAUGAGUAGAUUAAAGGCGACAUAUUUGGGGAUGUAUAAAGAUGACGAAGGCGACAAGGAGGCCGAAAAGGUUUCUACUUCGUAA